ACAGGGAGUGUCCUUUUUCCUGUCGGUCUCUAAGGAGCAUAUGCAUACAAGGAGCUGCAACUAGAACAACUCAAGAUGCUGGUAAGACAGACUGCUGCAAGGCUUGUUCCCAGAUGUUUCAAUACAUUGAGUUUAGCUACGGACAGACAGUCAAAGAAAAGCUCUUCAUUCGUUGGCAAGGAUUUUUUAGCCUUGAAAGACUUCAGUGGAGAUGAAAUAAAGAAUUUUCUAUGGACAGCUUUGGAUCUAAAGCACAGAAUCAAAUGCAACAACGAGAGUUUCAGACCACUGGAAGGGAAAACCCUUGCUAUGAUAUUCCAAAAGAAAAGCACACGAACAAGAACAUCCGCUGAAGGAGGGUUCUCGGUUCUCGGAGGUCAUGCUAUCUUCCUUAGUCCAGAUGAUGUACAUCUUGGUGCAAACGAGACAGUCAAAGACACUGCAAGAGUGUUGUCACGCCUUAGCGACAUUGUGCUCGCAAGAGUUUACUGUCAAUCUGAUCAAGAAGAAUUGGCUAGCCAAGCAUCUGUACCCAUUGUCAAUGGACUCUCGGAAAUUUACCAUCCUUUGCAGUGUUUGGCUGAUUUCCAAACUUUGUUGGAACAUUAUGGACACUUGCACGGGUUGAAAAUGGCCUGGGUUGGAGAUGGUAACAAUAUCAUCAACUCGUUAAUGAUGGCAGCUCCAAGACUUGGUGUAGACUUAAACAUUGCUACACCAAAGGGUUAUGAGGUGCUACCUGACAUAGCUAAAAUAGCAGGUGAAUUCGCUGAACAGUGCUCUACUAAAAUAGAAUACACUAACGACCCCCGUGAAGCGUGCAAAGAUGCCAAUAUUAUUGUCACUGAUACGUGGAUCAACUUUGGGCAAGAACAAGAAAGGAAAGAUAGAUUAAAGACUUUUGCUGAUUUUCAAGUUACUAAGAAACUUACGUCAUUGGCAGCUGAAAAUUGGUGCUUUUUGCACUGCUUGCCUCGCAAACCAAACGAAUGCGAAGUUGAUGAAGAAGUUUUUUAUUCAGACCGGUCUUUAGUUUGGGACGAGGCAGAAAACCGAAAGUGGACCGUCAUGAGUGUGUUGCUGAAUCUUUUGAAAGAUUAUCAACCAACCAUCCCGAAACCGAAAUUCUAAAAUUACAGGUGAUAGUGGGUAGAAGAAAAAGUACAAUACAAAUAUGGGCAAAUGUGUUUGAAACUCGUUUCAUGAUGCUGGAAACCUCAAGGCGAAUUUAUAGCCGAUACCUAUAAUUGUACCUCUAAUCAUCGCUACCUAUAUUGUCAUAAUUGCUACGUUUCGACAUUGUUGUUGCUUUGUUGAUUGCUCUUCCUUCGCCCAAAUUUAUAUUUUCUUACACAUUUGCAAAAGACAACUUUAAAAAUCAUUGCUAAGUGCUGCUAGAGAGGAAGGGAGGUUAGGAAAUAAGGGCCAGGGGGUCUUGUUUGAUGCUGGUUGGUUUCUAACUGAAUGGAAUGCCCUCAGGUAAAAAAACCUUUUUUAUAAGCCAAUGCUUUGAAAUUUUUAAUAAGUCAGGGAGAUUAUUGAACUCAUCUUUGAAAUUUUGCCACUAAAUUUCAUCGAGUGCUAAUUUUCUCAUUUGGUAUUUACGAUACAGAUAUGAAUUACAUAAAUUAAACAAAAUCGAUUUCUAGGAACUUUCUAGGAAUUAUUUUCGAUUGUAUUGUUUCUGCCAAUGAAGUCAAAGUAAGUUUGAGGGGCGAAAAUAAAGGUUUAUCGCUUCGCCUGCAUCUGACAUUGACAUCUAUUUCUGGUAACUUUCCUAUUUUUCCUAAUUUAUUACUUCAAAUAACAAUUCGUCGGUGAUCGUCGCAGAAAACUACACCGCUUUUUGCGGAAAAAAGAUUUGAAGGAGCUUUUGAAAUCGAGACUGGGAAAUGGCGGGAAAUAUAGAGGGACUGGUCAUUCAAGAUGUGAAUUUAUUAUAAUGGUUUUCAAUUAACAAAUGGGAUUUGCGGUAAUUUAUUCACAUAUUUAUAUAUUUAUAUAUUUAUAUAUGGCCUUACAUUUAAAAAGGCCGCCACCAUGGUUGGUUGGAAGACAAAUUUUUAGGGAUGGCCAGAAACUGUAACAAUCUUAACCGUAUCUAACAUAAUUGUGAUCUAACAUUUACGUUGUUUGGAAUGAUUUUAGCUUUUUUUAUCAAUAAUAUGUUCCAUAGAUUCGUCUAUGAAUGUUGACUUUAAAAAGGAAAGGUCUUGCGAAGCUUUAGAACAACCUUUCUAAUCUACACUUUUUUAAUGUAGCUCGUAAUCAAAUGAAAGAAAAAUAAAAGAAACACGGCUUGUGUCAGUAGAAGAGCUUUUGUGAACUAAAAUAUGGUUUUAUGAAAUUUUGUGUAGUUGGAAAAUUAUUUUGUAAAACAUGAUCUUAAUUUUUUCGGGAAUAAAGUGCUUUUAGCAAAAAAAAAGACUCUAGAUUUUAAAAAUUUCAAACUGGGCUGGUCACAAAAAGUUUGAAUAGAAUUCAUAAUUACGCCUAAUUUUUCUCUUUCUUAUUAUGAAUUGAUUAUUGAUACAAUCCAACCUUGGAAGCUUUCUUGAUGAUACUCUCAAAGAACGAAUCUGCUGACCAUUACUUAUAUUGUCCAAAUUUUUUCUCAGCAGUUCAUUUUUCUUCAUCAGCUGAUUUAUCCCUUUUUGUUACAAUGUUGCAAAAAGUUUCCGCAAUGAAAAAUUAAGUAACUGCAAAAUUUUGUGUUAGCACUAAGUAAAUGUGAAUCAGGAUUCUCAAUCUAUUUUCCAAGCCAAGCUGUUACUCUUUGUAGAACCUGGACAAUAAUUGAUUUCUUUGAACGAAUUUCCAACUUCAAAUUUCUCAAUGCCUUCUAUGGUAAAGGCAUAGUAACCAAGCUAAAGAUAAGGGCAUAUUUAAGGUAAUAGUAAGCACAGUUACUAACCGAAUGGUAGAUUACACUUCUUUUCACUCUAGCCCCAAAAAAAAUCAUUUUGCUUUGCAGAAAAGUGGAGGGGCCAUGGCCCCCAGGUCCCUGGUUUUUGCUGGCCCCGAUUGAUACUUUGAUUUGAUAUGAGUAGUAUUUUCUGGAAUGACUUGAGAUGCGAUCUGUUUAUGGGCGGGUGUACUGUAUUGUUUAUGUAGGCAAAGUUAGUUGAGAAACAUUGAGAUGUUUAAAAGGAGCAUUGAGUAUGAAAAAUUCAAAAUUAUAUGUGUAUGUGCCUUUUUUCUAGAAUUAACACUUUUUGACGAUUCAGCUUGUUAAUUGAAUAAAAAGACGUCAAGGAAAUGGAAAUAAAUUGUCUUAUGUUUUAUGGAUGAAAAGUAAUAUUUUUUUUUACUUUCUUUAAUGCUGUUUUGUACAGAGAAAUUUAAAUGAGAGAAAUGAAAUGAAAUAUCAGUAACAAUCAAUUUUAAAUGCAAUUCAUUUUGAAUGCUUGUGAGCUUAAACACAUAAACAAAUGCCAUGAGAAUGAAGACCUAAUGAAUAUACCAGAAUGGUUGUAGAAGUAUACUUUAUAAAAUAUGGUUGUUUGUAAUAUAUUGCAUGAUCAACAAAGAGAUAGCUGCAUAUGUUCAGCUGGAAAAGAGCCUCCUUCAAGAAAAAUGUUUGAAAGACUCCGGAAUAAGGCUCAAAAUAUAAUUUACUUUCACACAAAGCAAACAAGCGAGAGCCACUUCUGCAUAUCCUGAACCAAAAGGAGUUAAAAGCUGCAUGUCCAAUCCUAAAAUGUCUACAAGAAACAAGUAUUCUGAUGUUUUUAUCAUAUUCCAUGAGACUGAAUCAGAACUAUAAAAUAAGAAAUGAUAGCAUAUCUUUGUUUUCCACUACUGAAAACUAAAGCUGCAAUGAAAUUAUUUUUGCUUCAAGGACCUUGCUGUUUCAAAGAAUUUCUCCUUAAGAUUGUUCCCUUUGCAUGGGCUUGUUUCAAAGAACUUUCUAAAAAUCGGACUAAUUACAUGUGUACAAUAUGCUAAUUAUAGUUAAAAAAUAGUAUAAAACACCCCAAGUUAAAAUGGCAAGGAUAGCAUUAAAAGGUCAGUGCAACCUUUUUUCCCUUCAGAGGUGUUAUUGAAAGAACAUUUUUCUUGAAAGAAAAGAACACCAAUUCAAAUUACAGCCUUGAUUUGAAAAAAUUUAAAAUUUCUUUUGCAUAAAAUUUUUGACCCCAGGAAUGAGAGCAAGAAUUUUAGCCUUUUUGGAAAUUUUCAAUAUGUUAUUGCUCACAAUAUUUAUUUUAUGACAACUUAAAGAUACAAAUUUUUUAAGGGAUUUGACCCUGAUUGGGGACUAGGGGGUACAUUUUUGAAUUAAACAAAUUUUUUAUCAAAUCCUUUGCAAGUCUUCUACAUUUCUCUGUAAAUUCUAAAAUAAAAGCAGAAAAAUUUAAAAAUUGUAUCUGGUUAAAACUUAUGGUGAUAAAACCUGAACACAAGUCAUACAAUGAAAUUUGGAGGAAUUUCCAAAAGGAGACCAUAAGUUGAAUUGGUAUAUUCAAUUCAUGACUGGAUGAGAAGUGCAAUAAAUUACAACUUAUCUACUGUUAUUAAGAUAUUUUUUAAAGAGAGAUUUUUUGUAUAUAAUAUUAUAAUCACCUAUACUAUAUUUUUACAUUGCCUCAGCAUUACUAUUGCAUUUUUUAUCAUUUAUUUAAAGCACCCUUGUUGAUGAUAGAGUUUUGCACUGUAUAAACAUGUAUAUCAUUAUUAUUUCUAUGUCUCAUGCAAGUCAUGCAAAAAUUAAAGACACAUAAGCUUUGCUGGGGUGAUAUCCUAUGUUGUAACAGCUUUGCAUAAUUUAUGACAGCAUGAAAGGAAUCUGAUGAUAUUCCAAAAUAUGACUUAGUUUAGCACAAGCUCAAGCAAUAAAAGCUUCUACAGCUCAGCUGUAAUGCCUACUUUGGCAACCCAAUGAUAACUCAGCCUUGUUCUUAAGCUAAUUAUGCAGAAUAAUGGAAUUUUUAUCUUGUUUAUUUUGGAAAUGCUCAAAAGAAUAUUGCCAUGCAGUUAGCAAUUGCAUUGCACAAUUACAAAACAGUGUUUGUUUCAAACUAAUGACACAAAGAAAGCUAUCAUAGAACAAAUUGUUGUUCUGCUGCAAAUAUUGACUGGGAGUUUUGUCUUCCAAGAAAAGGAGGAAAGUGGUAAGGAGUAAAAACAGCAAUUUGUGCAGUUAAAAUGAAAAUGAAAUUAUAAAACUAUUUGGUAAUUUAGAUCUAGUUCCAGAAUGGGUGCUUGGCUGUCGCAAUCAGCAGCUAUGCCUGAAUAUUUGAAAUUGACAUUACUUAUUCAUUAUUGAAACGAAUUGGAGUUGAAAUCUUGAAGCCUAAUUUUCGACCAAUCUCCAACUUUGUUAUGCUUCUAAAAUGAUUGAAAAUGCAGUUGCUGACCAAAUGCUGGAGCAUAUACAGCAGGAUAACUUAUUUGAACUAUCAUAGUCAGCAUGUAAGGAAGGUCAUAUCACUAGACUGCUCUGUCAAAAGUACAAAAUAAUUUAUUUGUGGCUAGGGAUAAUUAAAGGGUUUCAGUUCCUUGACCUCUCAGCUUCUUUUGAUACUGUAUAAUAAUGGUUUGAGUCUUUUCUUAUUCAGUGGUGGAUUUAAGGGGGGGGGAACUAGGAGCAGUUGACCCUCCCUCACUGAGUUAAAGCAAGUCUGGCGUCCCUUUUUUAGAAAUUGUGCGCCCCUUUUGAAGAAUGUGAAUCAGGUGAAAAGGUUUCUAAGAACUAUAGGUUAAUCUAUUUCAAGGAAUUCCUCAAAGUUUAAUUGUUUCUUCCAAAAAUGGAUCAUGUUUUGCUAGAAAAGCCACACUCAGGAAAACAACAAAGUCUGUCCUAAAAUUGUGUUCUUUAAUUCCUGCCUUCACUUAAACUUUGUUCAAUUUCUUGCGCUUCAAAGCUGCCCAAUCUUCAAGGCACAAUUAAAUAUCAAACAAAAUAGAACAAUGGUCCAUAAUUAUGAUAGAAUAUUUGUCUGUUGCACCUAGGACCUUUGGUUCUCAGUCAAUGUUGUAAAUAUCCUAGAUCCAAUUUUCAGCUGUCUCUAGAAUGUCAUAGUUGCAAAGCCUUUUCUGCUGCCCAACAAAGUGGCCCCCUUCAUCUGAACAAUCAAUCUUAGCUUUUGCAAUAAUGACAUAGAGUACUCUUUAACUAAACAGCAAUACUUCAAUUGAAAAUUUUCUGAACCUUACUGGGAAAUUAUACUGAAGUCAGCCCCUUUUGCAGAGUAACCUAGUAGAGUUGGAGGCACUAUGGCGGAGCAGCGAAUGUUCAGCUGGAAGAUUAAUCUACCUAUGAAGAGAGAGAUUCUGAUAAAAGGCCUUCGGUAGUUAGAGUCUGAAAUUGUUGCAAACAGUGUACUCAGCGCACCCACUACCAAAUGCCCCUCCUUCAAGUAUGAAAUGUACUUGAAGAAAAAGCAAAGGAAGAACAAGGGUUUUGUGAGCCAUCAUCAAAAAUCACAAAGCAAAAGAUUUUUACAAAGACUUUUUCAGAAAAUCUGGACACUUACAGCCGCUUUCAAAUUGAGCGUUUUGUCACUUAAAAGUUUACUUAAAGUUAAGAUUCUGUCCCCCCCCCUUUUUCUUAGGGUGGUUCUGUUUAGAUUUCAGGUUGAGAAUUGUUUUCCAUAAAAGCAAAGAGCUAGGCCAGAAUUCUUAAUGACAUGUUCUAAAAUUUUUUUUUUUUUCACUGUUAAGAUAUUUUGCUGUUAAAAUGAAGACAUCAGCUGAUGCUCUAACAAUAUUAGGAGUGGUUUCAAUGUUAUAUGGAAUUGUAGUAUGGCUGGAUAGUUUUCAAAACAAGUCUUUUCCAGCAGAUAUUGUCUGAAAAUUUGCAAUGAAAUGUAACUUUAGCAGUAUGAUUUGUUUUCAACUUUAGGAGAACCUUGCCAAUUUCGGGAGGCAAAUUAAUGCUUUUGGAACGAAGCUUGAUGGUACAACAUUGGAGGAUGGAAAAGAUUACUCACAAGUGUCUGACACGAUGGCGAACAAAUAUGAACGAUUGCAAAGGAGCGCAAUUAAGAUCAUCCACAACCAGCCAAAGGGCAAAAAAGAAUGUAGGCUCAUGAGCAUUCAAGAUCAUCGAAUGCAGAGAUACAGAUCUUUAAAUCACGAGAGGAAGAUCAUCCGCCUUCCAAAGGUCAGGACGGAGGCUGCAAAAAAGUCAUUUCGUUUCCAAGGCCCUUCUUGCUUCAACGACAUCCCAAUUGACAUUCGAUUGUUCAAUUCAAGCAUCGAUUAAAAAACAUUUCCUCAGCAACUAGUUCACUUCAGAUCCACGUAAAAAGGAUUUUUACCCUUUAUUACUUUCGUUUUUAUUUUUAACUUGUAAUUACUUUUCAUUUUUAACCAUGUAAAUAUUUUUAUUUAGAACAGGGCCCUUAUUGAUAACAGUGCCUUGGCAUUGAAAAGGUUAUACCCUGUAUAAAUAUUUCUAUUAUUAUUAUUAUUAUUAUUAUUAUUAUUAUUAUUAUUCUUAUUAUCUUCAACUUCACCAUCAAAUACCUGAACAAUACUCUCCCUACGCGCAAAAAUCUAAGCCUUUGAAACCUAAUCCAAUCAUCUGAUUGCGAAUUCUGCCUUCUUCCUGAAACUCUACUCCAUGUCGUUGCAGGUUGCAAAGUUUAUCUCGAACAAGGUCGUUAUACCUGGCGUCAUAAUUCUGCUCUAAAUUUUCUUGCAACCUCCUUGAAAGCAAUAGAGGGAUCCUCUCUUUUUGCCGAUAUACCUUGCUUCUCCUCACCAUCCAUCAUAACAGGAGACAAUCUGCCCCCAGAUCUACUUCUGCAUACAAAGGAAAACAUUCUUUAUGUUUUGGAACUAACGAUAGGAUUUGAAACUAACCUUAACUGCAAUGCAGAAAGGAAACGUUUAAAAUAUGCUCGCCUUGUCUCAGAUCUAAGACCCAAGGUUCAAAUCUGUCAUAUUUGUAAAUCUCUCCAUCAGCUCUCUUGGCAUCUUCAGCGACUCAUGCAGCUCAUUCCCUGAAAUGUGUGACUCUCUCUCCAUCGAUCAGCAACAAAAACGGUAUCUCAUUUCUAAACUUUCCAACAUUGCCAUCCGUACUACGUAGUACAUAUUUUGUUGCAAAAAUAAGCCAUGGACAAAUCCGGAAUUACAUCCUUUUUAACUUUAGUUGUUUUAUUUUUUUUCUCAGUUUUUCCUUUUAUCUUACGAUUGUUAUAGUUUUUCUUGUAAAACCAGGCUAGCCAAUUGCAAAUUACCUUGUAAUAGUGAGAUUUGUAAUUGUAGUUUAAGUUGAAUUGAAAAUGAAAUGAAAUUAUUAUUAUUAUUAUUAGGGUGUGGCAUCGGUGUAUUUUGCAAUGCCAUAUAAUGCUCAAAAUUUAGUAUGAGUUAACCAGUCCCUAAGAUUAUUGUGCCUUUGUAAGGCUAGAAUGGGGGUUUGUGACCAUAUGUUUUGUAAUUCUUUAUCCUUUGUAAUAAUAUUCCAGUGUUUUUUGCGAAUUUUACGGAUGUGAAUGGUGCGGUUGUCAUAUGGUAUAAGAAGGGUAAAACAGAGCCUUUUGGUGUGAAGAAACUGUCGUUAUUUGUUUGUUUCGAUUCGAGUAGUUGCGACUGCGAUAGUGUGAUGACCUUGUUGAAUUGUUCACUUAUCAUUAUCCCUUAUUUCUGAUAUCCCCUUAUGAUGAGGUUGUUUUUUAAUUCUUGUUAUUUUGGAUAUAGCUCUUCGUCACUGGUAAUAACUAAAGAGAACAUGAGCAUGUAAACAUGAAAACAAAGUACAUGUCUCAUUACGUAAGACGUUUCGCUUUCGCUUCAUUAGUAAUCAAUAUAUUUAUAUAUAUUUCUCUUGAUGUGUUUGCGUUGCAUCCCAAAGUUGAGAAUAUCUUAUCUGACAUGACUGCUCUUUAUUUUCAGCGGUUAAUUACUUAAUAUAUGCGCUGCCAGCUGUUCAUAAGAUAUCCUUGAUUCAUGCUUCGCCUCUUCGUGAUAAUUCGUGAUAAAUACUCGCUGGGUAAAAACAUGACCUUAUUAAUAAUCUGCGCAAGUCGACUCUACUCUUAAAAUAAUCAUAUUUGUACAAAUUUUGCUUCAUGAUAACCACUGAUCUGUGCGAUAGAUUCUGAGCAUGUCAAUUCUAUUCUUGAAAUAAUACUUUUUGUACAAAAUUUGCUUCAUGAUAACAACUGAUCUAUGUGAUAGAUCACGUCGUGUUAGUUAGCUAAUAUAAACUGUCAGGACCGAAAAAUGCCAGAUAAUUUUGUCAUGAUCAUGCCACUCCUUGUUGAAAAUAAUGUCUUUUGUGAAGUCUCCUUCAACCUUGUCUAUCUUGGUUUUUCUGACGCUACAAUGGCAAGAUUCUGCAAAUCGAGAAUCAUAUUUUACUGUAGUCUGUGGCUAAAGACGUUUCUUAAUAUCUGUCAUGAUCAGUCUUACAUAAGUCGUCGUUGGCUUUGCUCAUUCACAGUGGACCAAUGUAAAAGUUAAAUUCAAUGCUGAAAUCAUACAAAUGACGGUUGCCCUUGGCAAAUAAACGAUAAACAAGCCUGCGCGAAGCGAAAUAACUCAAAGAGGUCUCCAGAGGGCAAUAUUGAUCUGCAAUAAUUAACAAACCACGUGUAGACAACUUUGGGAUCAAACCCUUUCAUGGUGGCUGAAUUAGUGGCCUUUCUAAAAAACUUUACUGACCAUCUCCUUUAUUAUUAAUCAUUUACCUGUCCCAGAGUUUUUUUAACUUUGAAAUCAUGAAAGGAAAUCGUAGUCUUUAACUAUUUUACUGGUGCUUCGAGAGAAUAUUGUACCCUAUACCUGUUAUCCACUGUUCAGUUUCUGAAAAAAAUCAAUGAUCCUUGAGAGACGUUCAGAUCUUCAUUGUAAUAAACAAGACGUUCAGCUGCUGAGGUGGCGAGGCUGUUCAUGCUAGUAAACUGUCAAUUUUGAUGGCAGGACUAAAGCAUUUUGUAAAAUUUCUAAUGUGCACUCUUAAUUAGGCUCUGAUAAUGUGGUAUUUCACAUUUUAUCCGAUUUCGAAUGUUAGAAAUUUGAGUAUCGACGCAGACACAUUGAGACUUGUAUCAUUUUAAUGUUUCCUCUACCUUUUGCAGCCUUGUCAAAAACAUGAAUGUUUCUCAAUACCAAGUUGCCUACAUAUUUCUUGAUUUAUAACUGUGUCUCAGUCAAGAGAUUGAGCGCUAGCCCUUUUAACGCUAUGAUGAAGUCGAAAACAAGAAAAAUCGGUUAAAAGCGAAUCGUUUUCUUCUUAGCGUUCUUUGAUUACGGGGACAGUUUAUUUAAGAAUUAUAUUGUAUUAAGCUAUUUUAGAAAGUUGCCGAGCAAUGAACUAAUGCACAAUGCUUGCAUCUCUUUUUGACCCUCAUGCAAGGGUAGCCAUCGGCUCAAGGAUGAUGAAUAAAUUUUUGACUUAUUUUCGUUAUACGUAGAAUUGAUAAGUCGUAGUUUUUGAGUAAACUUUAUAAGACUUUUUUUAAAUAACAGCAAACGUACCGCGAACCUGCACAUUGUGUAUUCAAGAAAAAAACCGCCAAAACUACGAGGGUCCUGUAACUAUAACUGCUAUAAACUACAAUAAAGUGUUUCAAUCAAAGAAAAAUAUAAUGAUUAGGUAAGGCUGUUUAGAAGCAUAAAUUAAUUUUAGCUGUCCUUAUAAAAUUGUUUUAGUUUAUGUUCAAAAAGAAGAAAUAGGUCCCACUGGCGAAGGCUACUCGGAAGUUCAUUGAACACUGGCAUUUGCGCUGCAUAUUUGUUGUUUUGAGUGUUCUGAUUAUGAUUCAAGAGUUUAAAACAUGUGUUCAUAACUUCUAUAGAUGUUCUCUUUAGGCAUCUAAAGUCCAGGAGACAAGCCUUGCUGCUCUCGAUCGACAUAAGUUUGCAAUCUUUUUGUUGUUUUCCAUAAAUAAUUUCUAAAGCUCUGUUCUAAAGUAAUUCAAAUCCUCUACAGUUUGUCUCAGCUACGUAGCUACUCAGCUACUCGCCAGUUUGUUAUUUCAUUUAAUUUGAUGAACAAAAACAUCCUUAAAUUGGGGCCUUUCUUCGAGUACAGGCCAAUCUGUUCGCAUUGAUGCUAGUACUGCCAGUCUAUAUAUUGGAGUCCUGUUCUGGCUGAUGUCGUAUUUUCCCUCAACAUAAGUUGUACUGCAACAAUCCUUCUUUGUCUGAUGUAAUCACAAGCUAACCUUUCAUGACAGUUAUCAUUCAAGCCUUAUAUGUUUUCCUCUAUUGUAAGCAACAUUUUAUAAAUCAUCUAUGUUUUGAAGAUUUUCGUACCCAUUAUAUACGUCUUGUGAAUUGCCUACCGCAUUCAUUUGCAGAAAUGAGCAGUAGAAUUCAAGUUUAAAACAUUAAGUUGACAUUGUCGAAAACAUUACUUUUACUCUUUGGCUUUUUUCUAAAUUCGAAGCGCCAUCUGGCGACCGACGAUUGUUUUGUUUGGUGUCCAGAAAAAUUACACACCGCCAUAUUCAAAAUUUUAAGGGCGUAAAUUUGAUCAUCAAUUCUUCAGCUCAGUUUUGUAAAUUUCAGUAAAAGCUUAAUCACUUCAAUAUAAUUUCAGCAAUUAGUAGAUCAUUUUCACCAAACCAAAACUUUAGCCCUUGCAAGCAACAACUUAAAAACUUUUAUUGCAGCAAUAUGGCAUUUCUUUCGUUGAACGAUGUCGAUUUGUGAGUAUUUAACACCUUGCAAUUUUGUGUUUGCAGCUGUAGGCUCAUGUGAAUGGAUACAAGAUAUUGCGAGUUAUAACAUAAUUCAUUCGUAUACUCAAAUCAUUGCUAAUUCUAAAUACUCUGAUUUAACAAUAAAAAUACAUCUUUAAGCUGCUUUUUCUGUGAUACCCUACAAAGUAACUUGUGUCGCCAAAGUUUUCGAUUUCCAACAAACGAAAGGCAAUUUCAAAAUAGUCUAUGUGUGUUCGUUAAAAGAUGCAGAAUAAUAUUACUUCUAUUAUUUUCUAAGUCUACUCUUUUAACCUAAUGCGGCUCGAAAAAGAUGCUCAGUAAUAAUCUAACUGAUUAUAAGUUAUUAAAUAUAAUAUUUACAAUAUCAUACAAAUAAAACUAAUAUCAUUAUCUCUUUUUUUCUAGCAAACUGCAAGUGAUCAUAAAUUUAUGUAUCAUAAUGUCUAAAUUUUCAAGUAUGCCAAAAGCAUCAACGUCAGAGAAUAUUGAUAAAUCUAAGUUUCAAUUUUUUCAAACUAGGCAGUUUGCUAGAAAAAGGUCGAGGUGAACUACUCUUUGCGUGUAUUGUUCGAUAUACUACUGUCCGUUUGGAUGCCUCGAUUUUAUAUGCCUGUCCAAGUCUCUUCUUCUGACCAAAACUUUUCCACAAAAUUGACAUUUGUAAGGUGUGUCCCCAACAGCAUGCAGCCGAAUAUGCUUUGCCAUGUUGCUCGGAUCCCCGAAUCUUUUUUGACAGUACUUGCAUCGAAGUGGUUUGUAUCCCGUGUGUAUUCUCAUGUGGAUUUUCAAACCGUAUUUCCUAGUGUAUAGUUUUCCACAAAGUUCACAAAGAUAUCCCUUAUUGCCAACUUUCUUCGAGUUCAAGUCAUUUACAAUGUCCUCGUUGCAUCCAUUUUUUAUUUUCUCUUGCAAAAUCUGUUGGUUGUGAGAUCCAUUCAGGUUCAUAUCCGAAGUUUGGGGCGGACUUGCUGACUGCAACAUACCCAUUCCCAUGCCCAUAUUCAUGUUCUGUUCCUGGUUGAACAUUUGCAUCGUGUUCAUAUUAGUUCCACUAACGACGCCAUUGCUGUUUCCGUAUAUGUUUCCACUGUUUUGGUAGUAAUUGCUCUUCAAGUAAGGAUUCAUCCCAGGGCUGCUAACUCCUCUCGGCUGCAAAAACAUUGCUGAAUUUGCUAAAAGAUCGAUUUGCUGCUGCGGUGAAAAGUCCGAGUUGUUGCUUUGGUUGUAUCGCAUUCCAGUGUCGUUGUAAAGCGAAUUUCGCAUGUUUGAUGAAGAAGAUGUCAAGUCCGUUGUGCUGCUUGUGAACGCACUCGGUAAAGCCGAGCUAUUAAACCCAUAAGAUACACUCGGAUUUAACUGUCCUUGAGGGCUUGACUUGCUUUCUCUCGUGUAGAAACCUUCGGUUGCGAAUCCUCCCAACGCCGACACAUGACUGAGUGGCGUUAGGGGCGUUAACAUGGAGCUUGGCGAUGCCUUGUCGCUUCGUUUUGAUGGUGACGGGUUUUCGAGAUUCAGCGGUGGAAGUGAUGUAGGCUUUUGCGUCGGAGAGUUGACGUUUACUGCUGACGUUCCCGAUGUUGAAGAAGAAGGGCUGUGCUCACCGACGAAGUUGUGCUGCUCUUUGAAUGGAAAUUGCGGAUCUUUGUAGGUAGGGCCACCGUGAAAACUCGGGAAAGCAAUGUCGAGGUUGUUGAUUGUUGAGCCUAUAUUCAGGCCGUUGAUAUUGCUCGUCACGGUUCCAUUUGUUGUAUUGCUGGGAUAUCCACUGAUUAGGCUGUUCCACGUUGCACUGGACGUCGAAUAUCCUAUAUUACUAUAAGAAUUCGCAUUGACACUUUGCGUUCCGUUCAGCAAAUUGUUCAGUCCAUUUAGAGUUCCCGGUGCAGAAACGGAUGUUAAAUCGAAAAAUGUCUUCUCUUUGUCAUCCUCUUCAUCAUCGAACAGAGCAUCGUCGGGUCGAAGUAGCCGUCCUUCAUUCUUCAGAUAUAUCGAGUUGGUUGUCUUUGCAGGGCCUAAUGCCGUCGACUCAGAUGUGUGGUUGAUGAACAUUGUCAUUUCUUUAGCUUGUACUGUGUUUGUUGAAAUUGCUGGUGAAGAUUGAGCUUGGUUUGGUGGAGUAUUAUCGUUCCUCUCCCCCUCUGGUAUCAGGUCCUCACAGGUAGCCUCUGAAGGCUCUCCUAUACCUUUGUCAGCUGGAGCAAUUUUACGAUCACUGGUUUUUUGCUGGUAGUCGAGAUCUUUCUGCUCGCUUGCAAGAUCGUCGAAUGUGACUUGAUGGUGGCGAGGGUACCCGUAUAUAUAUGAAGCUGGAAAAUAAAGGCGACGAUUAGAACAGGUGUAUUAGAAAACUGGUACCACGUGCAUCGGGUCAGCCUAUCACGUUUCAGUGGCUGUACUAACGGCUGAGCAUCGAAGCUCAACAAGAAAAUUAACGCACGUGCGUUUUUCAACAGAAACCUUGUUGCGUUUUUUUCCUUUUAGAAAGCUUGUCUUCUUUUUAAAUUAUGUUAAUAAAGAUUCAGAAAUUAUUUUGUGUCAUGCAUGCUUUCAUUAAAUCUCACCUCAUUUCGAACCAAUAUGAUUUGCUUCGCAUUUUUAUCAGGCGAUGUAAACCUUUAACAACAACUGGAAACUGACAUUACCCAUUGAUGAUUCGGAUUAUAUUUUAAGGAAUUGCGUAGCAAGAAAGUUUUGACUUCUUUAAAUUAACGCCUACGCCUUAACCACUUGGAGGCAUGGCAGCGGCCGUUUUUUGAAACAACGAACAGCUAACCAAGGAAGUGUUUUCUUUCCCCCGGGGCAGUGAUUACGAAAGCGUGCCAGCGUUCUGUAAUCUCAACAAAAAAUCCAUCUACUGAAAAGGUUAAUAAUCGAUGCGGCCUUAAAGAAGUCUUAAUUCGUUACAAUAACGUGCUAGCAAGCCCAAGCAUUCGCCGCCAUUGACUUGGCAGUGUUCAUACAGCCAAUCUUGCCUUUUUGAAAAUGUUUAUAAUGAGCUGGUUUUCUCUGUUCAAUUUUAAGCCUUUUUCAUGGAUGCUUUUUAUCAUGCAGAUAAAAUCCCUCUACAGAGAAAAAUAAGAUUUAUGCAGAACACACAAAGCAAGUAUUUAUUUCUUGAUUCACGGUUAGUAUAUUCCUUGCAAGUUUUGCCAUACGCAUAUUUUUCGUCAACACCUUGCUAAUAAGAACGCAACCCUUGAAAAUAGUAGAACAUGAGAACGGGAAGACUUGGAUUGAACCAAUACUAAGAACAUUCCAUAGCUUGUAGUGACGUAAAUAUUAUAGUUAAUAGAUGGAAAUUGUGCGUGGAUGUCAUUCUGAAAGUUUACAUAGAAAACAAAGCCUUUAUUUGAUUUAGAAUUAUAAAUUUUUUCAAAGUUUUUUUUAAUUUUACAACAAUGUUUUAAGCUGACUGUUUCGAAUAAUUAAAAAACUCAUUGAAGAGACCUCUCCGCUACCCGAUACUCCGCACCUUUUUUAUCUGAGGUUUCUUCACUAUUACUUUAACCGCUUUAUGCGUUUCUACAGUUUGCUUAACUUCUGGCUUGCUGAAACCUAGUCAGUCCAAAAUUAACAAUCACCGACAUUUGCUACAUGAACCAGCUAACUUAUCUCAUGUUUCCUGGUAUCCUCAAAUUUCUUAGCUCUCUUAGUUAGUUUUUCCAUCUAAACUAAUCUUCUUUGUUCUCCUCCAACGUAGAUUACAUAUUAGUUCUAAAAUAACUGCAUUUCAUGGAGGGGCAGAUCUCUAUUAAAUCUCAUACACCAUAGGUGGAAAUCCUCUUGUUUUAUCUGAACAUUUUUCUAACAUGGUGUUUUAGACUUUGCAGCGGUUGAACUUCCGGUGUCAUCAUUUUCAAUUUGAAACUUCUCACAAACUAAAAGAGGUUGCAGCCUGCCUCGUAAGCGGUUAGGAAAUUCACAUGGGUCAGGUAGGACAAGCAAUACGAGAAAGAGUCAUUUACAACCCUCCCCCCCCCC